AUGGCGCCUGGAUCCGUCUCCUCCACGCUCCUGCAAAGCGCCAGUCUUCUGGGGUCUCUCCUCGCCGUCUGCGUCGCUCACGAAGUCAAUAUCCUCGACUCAAAGAGCGCACUGGGGGAGCCUGGCUGGAUUGCCUCACCACCUGAAGGGUGGGAAGAAAUAAGCGGGUACGAUGAGUUCCACACGCCCAUUCAGAUGUACCAAGUCUGCCACGUGAUGAAGCCCAACCAGAACAACUGGCUGCGGACUAACUGGAUGAUGCGCGGCGGUGCCCAGCGCGUCUUCCUCGAGCUCAAGUUCACGCUGCGCGACUGCAACAGCAUCCCGGGCAUCUCGGGCACGUGCAAGGAGACCUUCAACGUCUACUACCACGAGUCGGACAGCGAGCGCGUGUCCGGCAUCCACGAGAGCCAGUACGUGAAGGUGGACACCAUCGUGGCCGACGAGACCUUCACCGAGAUCGAUCUGGUCGGCCGCAUCAUGAAGCUGAACACGGAGGUGCGUGACGUGGGCCCCCUCACCAAGAAGGGCUUCCACCUGGCCUUCCAGGAUGUGGGUGCAUGCAUCGCGCUCGUGUCCGUGCGCGUGUACUACAAGCGCUGCCCACGCACCGUGCGCGGCCUGGCCGUCUUCCCCGACACGGUGACGGGCGCCGAAUCUUCCUCGCAUGUCGAGGUGCGCGGGGCAUGCGUCGAGAACUCGGUCGAGGAGGAGGCGCCGCGCAUGUUCUGCAGCGCCGAUGGCAAGUGGCUCAUGCCCGUCGGGAGGUGCGUCUGCGGCCCCGGCUACGAGCAGGCGGUGGAUGGGUGCCAAGGUGUUUUGUGCAGCAGGAAUCUUCACGACGAGUUCGCAAAUAAGUCGGCCGCUCUCGUCUGGCACAGCCACCAAGGGAGGAGGAAGUGGAGGAAGCACCCCAAGUUGGGGUUGCUGCUCCGACAAGCCAACAGCUGCUACCCAAAGUUCAUUUAUUAGGUAGAGCCCUGUGAGCCAUUCGGCUCUUGAAUCGGGUGCAACCGCAACAAACAAAAAACUAAAACAUGAACAAAAAACAUCUUAAAGCAGUGGUUCUUAACCUUUUUGGAGGUACCGAACCCCACCAGUUUCAUAUGCGCAUUCACUGAACCCUUCUUAAUUGGAAAAAAUAACCUCCGCCGAACCCCUGAGACUGACUCACCGAACCUCUGAGGUUCGAUCGAACCCAGGUUAAGAACCAAUGCUUUAAAUCGAAAUAAAAAUUUCAUCUCGACGUUAAGUCCUGUUAUUUGGUUGCUUCUUUUAAUAACGCGUGGGAUGGACCGGGUGUCGCCGUGCUGAGAACAGUGCGCGAUGAAACCGACCACCUGAGUUUGAUUCUCCGUCACAGUGUACACACACACACAGUGUGUACACACACAGUGUCUACAGUCUACACACACACAGUGUGUGUACACACACAGUCUACACACACACAGUGUACACACACACAGUGUACUUACACACACAGUGUGUACACACACAGUGUACACACAGUCUACACACACACAGUGUACACACACAGUGUGUACACACACACAGUGUACACACAGUGUCUACAAACAGUCUACACACACACAGUGUGUACACACACAGUGUUUUGUCGGGGACACAAAGGCGGCCGGGCGUGCCUCGUUCCUAUGGCGGGGCUAGUUGUGGUGCUCACUUUACGACGGCCGGUGGUGUUGAUGAUGGUGAUGACGAUGUGAGUUGAGUCGUCCCCCAACCAGGGAUUGAACUGGCACCCUUCUUCGUUCGAUGGUUAUUAUUUGUUGACGGUAAUUAUUUUGAUGUUGGGUUUAAAGUUACCUUUGCUGAAUGCGCCUAUUGACACUGGGCGUGUGUUGAU